AUGCCUGUGCUGCCAGUAUCAGAACAGAAGCCGUACCGGCGCCUGUUCUUGCCUAGCGUGCUCAUGUCCGCGUGUCUAUUCUUCAUGUCGCAUCAGCCCUCGUGGAACUUUGGACUUGGACAAGAUCCUGCGAAACUCCGCUUGCUGCGAGAGGAGGCCGGAAUGAAUUUACGCACGAGAAUAAACAAUCCAAAUAUGACCUACAGCAACGAAGCCAGGAGGCUGCUGUCCAGGAUAGCAGAGGCGCGAGAUCGCGGUGAUUGGCAAUCCGUGUCACGCCUGUUCCGAAAAUACGAUGGCAAAGAGCUUCCUGUUUUCCAUGUGGUGCUUCACACUGCCUUCAGUUGUGGACAAUACAAGGAGGGUUCAGCUGUUUAUACCCGACUACAGAAUCUGAACAUCACUCAAGAUGGGGCUGCCUAUGGCACUGCUCUCAAGUUGUUUGCCAAGUUGGGUGACACUGACCGCAUUCGUGAGAUCUGGAAAGAUGCCAGAAGUAAUUGUCCGCUUGAUGCAGCACUGGCAGCGGCCCGCAUCGACGCAGCUGCUGCAGAGGGUGACGUUCAAGCCGCCGCUGAGAUCCUGGACGAGAUGAACCGUACAGGCGUUCAGAUUGACAUCGGACAUGUGACGUCUGCCAUCCGUGCGUGCUUGUUGGGAAGCCGAGGGGACGAGCCACAACGCAGCCGAGUUCUUGCUGAACAUGUCGUUGGAGAUGGGCCUACAGCCAAACAUUGCCACAUUCACGUCUUUGAUGGGAGCUUAUGCAGAUGCCAGCUUAGCCCGAGUACUGGAAGCAUAUGA